AUGCCGUCCCCUCCGUUCAAGGCUACCGUUCCUGUCGCAAGCAACUCGUCCAGCAUACCAAAGACCAUUCCGGACGUUGUUCAGAUUUGCAAAAGCGUGAGCGACGAAUCGUCAACGAGUGCUUACGACUCGACUCUAGAGCAAGCAGAAGGAGCUGAUACAGCUAACGAGCUGGAGCAGUAUCAACAUUCUGUCUUAAGUGAGCCUGACGUUUGCGAGAAGGGCGAAGUCGAGCCUGAAGAAGCUGGUGAAGCUGAAACGGAGGAGACUGAAAUCUUGAAGAACGAAGAAUUAGAGACUGAUAAGAAGGAGGCGUCUGUGACCGCUAACGUUGAUCUGAACAAGAAGAGUUUUGCUUGUGUCAUACAAGACGAGAUCGAGCCGAAAACUCAUAGCUGUAAGUCGGACCAGCAGGAGCAGGAGCAAAAGAAACCGAUACCAUUGACUCAUCGACCCGGUUCUAGAAGUGCCCAAUCAAGUCGCCCAUUCGUUCCAUUGGCAUCAAAAAGCUGGCGUGUGCGAGCCAUGCAGUCUAAUACACAAAUAACACGCCUCAUGAAGGCAGCACUGCUUCAAACGCUGCUUCACGCCAUUCGAACAGGCUCGGUAGAAGGCGUCAAGGUCGCAAUCGAGCGCGGAGUGCAGGUGCUUUACCUGGAUAGUCGGCAGCGCAACCUCGUCAUGCUCGCUACUAAAUGCGACACGGAGUCGCGUUUACGCAUUGUUAUUAUCCUGCUUGACGCUGGAUGCGAUAUGAACCACAAGGAUCAGCUUGGCUGGAGCUGUUUGCAUUACGCCUGUGCUAGCGGAGCCAACGAUGUUGCGGCAGAACUCAUUCGCCGAGGGGCCAGUGUAGAGUUUAACCCCUACGGAUAUGGCCCGGAAGACUUUAAUAUACCUAAAGUAGCUCGUGCUAAAAGUUUGCUGCAGCACACGGAGCAGCUUCAGCACGAGCAGAAUGUCUUUGCGGCAUGGACGUACUUCCGCCGUCAAGCUGAAAGAGAUGGAUACAGCGUCAAAUGUAAACCGAAUUGCAAUCUUGGGAAGCCUUUGAAAAUCACAUUUCAAGCACCUGUUGGUCACAGCCCACUCGAUCGCAUUCGUGUCGUUGAUAUGAACUCAGACGUGGCUUUAUGGCUGCAAGUGUCGAAAACGUUUAAUAUUCCUCCAGGUGAUGUUGGCACAAUCACCCUGGACGUUGAGACGCUCGACCGUCCGUCGCUGUAUCGGAUUGUCUAUGAGAAAUAUGAGCCUACGCCUAUUCAGCUACCAGCCACUGUUGCUGAAAGUAAUUUGUGUGUCAAGAAUCUCGACACGGGAACCACAGUUUCUGUGGGAAGUGUAAACACCCUUGUUCUUAAGGAGCUUGAAAGUUCCCGAUUAGCAAGAAAGUCGACCAGGCUUUCCAGCUCUGCAAGACCAGCUCCAAAGUCGGACAAGGUUAACAAAGUCAUGCGAAGAGGGUCAACAACUCGUGCUCGAGAGAUCGCAGAGGGCGUGUGUGAAUCCAGUGUGGCAGAGGAUGAAGAAACGGAAUUUUCAGUUGAGGAGACAAUUACGACACAACCAGUAGCCGAGCAUCCAGCGGUCACAAGUAUUACUGGCGUGUACAGGAUUGUAGCAAUGGGGGCUGUCAGUGUCUCGACGCUUAAAACGGCGAAAGCAAAUGAGUAUGAAAUCACGAUCAAUCGCAAGGGACCCCUUGGACUCCAACUGGCUCCGAAGAUUGAAAGUUUGAAGCAAUCACCGCGUCUUAUUGUGAGCCGCAGUAGGGGUCAAUCAGCAGCUGUUAAUCCGGGUGAUUGCCUCGUCGCCAUCGGCAAUGCUAAUAUUGAACACGCUGGUCUCAAGCACACUUUGUGGGCCUUAAACGAUGCAAAACGGCCUUUAGUGUUGCGAUUUCGACGUGGUAACGCCAAGGAGAAAAGAAGUCUUUUUAAGACUGGACUGUCGAAGAUUACUGGACCUCGAAGUAUUGACAAAUAUUAUGAGAUCUCCGCGCAGUCAUAG